GUGUUGCAGGAUGUUGUGCCAAAACAACCACUGCACCACUGGAUCGAGUAAAGAUUUUGCUGCAAGCUCAUAACCACCAUUACAAACAUCUAGGAGUAUUUUCUACGUUGUGUGCUGUCCCCAAAAAGGAAGGGUACCUUGGGCUGUAUAAAGGAAAUGGGGCGAUGAUGAUCAGGAUCUUUCCCUAUGGAGCUAUUCAGUUUAUGGCAUUUGACCAAUAUAAAAAGGUAAUAAAGAAACAGCUUGGCAUUUCUGGGCACGUGCAUCGCUUGAUGGCUGGAUCCAUGGCAGGUAUUACAGCAGUGAUUUGUACUUACCCUCUUGAUAUGGUUAGAGUUCGCCUGGCGUUCCAAGUAAAAGGGGAACACAAGUACAUGGGAAUUAUCCAUGCAUUCAAGAUGAUUUACACAAAGGAAGGUGGUUUGAGUGGCUUCUACAGAGGGCUGAUGCCAACUGUGGUGGGAAUGGCACCAUAUGCAGGUUUUUCCUUUUUUACCUUUGGUACCUUGAAGAGCAUUGGGCUUGCUCAAGCCCCUCAGCUGCUUGGCCGGCCGUCGCUGGAUAACCCGGAAGUGCUGGUGCUGAGGACUCACGUGAACCUGCUGUGCGGGGGCAUAGCUGGGGCCAUCGCUCAGACCGUGUCGUACCCCCUGGAUGUGACUCGGAGGCGGAUGCAGCUGGGAGCGGUUCUGCCAGACUCUGACAAGUGCCUUACCAUGGUGCAGACACUGAGAUAUGUGUACCAGCAGCACGGAGUGCGACGGGGGCUGUACCGGGGGCUCUCCCUGAAUUACAUCCGCUGCAUCCCCUCCCAGGCCGUGGCUUUCACCACCUAUGAACUCAUGAAACAAUUCUUGCACCUCAACUGAUCUUUUGUUUUAGGAGACUUUUCUGUACAACUACACUAUCAAUCCUCAAAUGAUAUUGAUGAAUAAAUGACUUGAAGUUUAACAAAAAAAGCUCUCUGUUACUGCGGACCUGCUGUUGUCUGACAUCUUUAUUUGCCAAAAUGUGGUGAUUUCCUGGAGUCAGAGCCAGGGGACACAUCCACAUAAACAUGAGCUAGCUCUGAACACUUUUUUGCACUUGAUCUUUUAGGCUUCAUUAGAUGAAUUUUAGGAAUGGCACAGUUUUGGAGAUCCAUGUUUUACACAGGUUCCAAGCUGUUAUUUAGCUUUAUCACCAUUCCAGGAGUUACAUGCUGCUGAUUAUGCUGCCUUUGAAGCUAGUAAUUAGGCAUCUGUUCUUUAGAAAUGAAAUGGAAUAAACUGAUUUGAACACAAUGCAAUGGUUUUGGCACUCAGAUCCUUGUCAGGUCUGUGGAAGCUGAGCUUGGCAGAGCACACUUCAGGCAGCCUUUUAUUGUUCUGUGUGCAAGAACAGGAAUUGCUGCCCAGGAAGGGAUCUUCAGCCAUUUCAGCCACAACCAGCAGGAUGGAUUCUGCAGUAUUGGACAGCUUGGAAAUUUUGGUGUACAUUGUAUUCUAAGAAAUGCUGUACUACACAAAUAAAAGUGGGGGGAAAUUCACAGGGAUGAGUUCUAGAGAAGAUCUUGUGGCAGGUGGUGGGGGCUAAUCUCAGAAAGCUUUUCUGUGGAGCUGCAUGUUGUUCAUUUGGUGUGUUCAAGGCUGAGUACGCUAUGAGUAUGUACUACCCCAGUACUAGCUGGUGUAAACAGGUUUUCCCUCCCUUAAACCACCGUGCCAAAGAAACUGCAUGCUGCUGCAAUUGCUUAUUUAGGCACAGGGCCCACGUGCAACCUCACACAGAAAAGGAAAUGAAGAUUGUGUUGGCCUCUGUAGGUGUGUGUGUGUGCUGUUUGCUCCUCAAGCAAUGGAUUAUUGCAUGUUGGCCUCCUCCUGUGAUGCCUUUUCUGGAAGGAAUUAUUUUAUACGUGAUUUACAUUGGUACUCUUGAUUUUACUCACUUGAUUCAGGAAACUGUAAAGCAUUUACUUCAUGUAAGUUAUUUAUUUAUUGUAAAUAUUUUAGUGUCUUCUCAGAAUUGGCCAAUGGUGAUGUUAAGUGCUGGAUGGUAAGACUGAUUUGCUUAAUUUUGACAAAUUUAACAAACUGGAUUUUCAGUUAUAUAUUCAAUACCAACUUCUGUGGCUCAAUUUUUCCCCCAGUUUCUUAAAAAUACGAAUUUCUUUGAAAUUGACAGUGUAGCAAUGGACAGAGAAUGAAAUGUAUCUGGAUAUAUUUUAUUAAAAUUUUUGAACCAGUGUCCUUGUGUGAUCUGUGUGUGUUCCAACCAGGAAGAAUACAUAUUUCUGGAAUGAUCUGUUUGCCCUAAUAGGUAAAUAUGCACAACAUUGUCAUUCUUAAUUAAAUGGCAGCAAAUAUGCUUUCUCAUCUGAUCCUUUUUCCCCAAAAAGGAAAGCUAGCCAAUAUCACCGUGAGCUUUUACAUUUUAAAGUUCUUGCAGCAGAGAUAAACCCACUGUAUUAGAAAACUGAAGUGCCUUUCUUUUCUCUACGUUGUUUUGCUGUGUGAGCAAAUAAGCCAGUUCUUUUUCAUGUGAAUACUGUUAGGGAUUAUUAAAUUAAGAGUUUUACAUCUUAAUUCUACUACCAGGGGUGUAUGUGAGGAGUGUCAUGGUAAGUUAAGGCGUUGUAAGGCAGAAUAAAGCAGAACCCAGCAUGUUCAUGCCUGAGAGAAAGAAAACUUAAAAAGUGUCUCCUGAAUUCUUGAGUCUGGUACUGAAUGUGAAAAACACACCUACUUGAUGGAACUGUGCUGUAUUUUCAGAAUUAGUUUUUCAAAAUAAAAUUUAACAGUGUA